UGUUCCGCUGUUGUUCGGUUGAGGCUGGCUGAGCGAUAGCGGGCGGUGAACACUGAUUUUUGGUUAAAGAUGGCCGCGGGUCCUCUCUCUGUCUCUUCCACCGCAUCAACAAACAACGAUGGAAUUCUUAUCGGUGACAAAGUUUACUCGGAAGUUUACCUUACGAUCGACAACUCUCUCAUACCGGAGGAAAGGCUUUCCCCGACGCCGUCAAUGCUCGACGGCCUCGACCUAAACACGGAGACCGACCUUCGCAUCCUUGGGUGUGAACUGAUUCAGUCGGCGGGCAUUCUCCUCCGGUUACCCCAGGUGGCAAUGGCAACGGGGCAGGUAUUAUUCCAUCGGUUCUUCUACUCCAAGUCCUUCGUCAAACACAGUUUUGAGAUUGUUGCGAUGGCUUGUAUCAACUUGGCAUCCAAGAUUGAAGAAGCACCGCGACGAAUACGAGAUGUCAUCAAUGUUUUCCACCAUCUGAGACAGCUUAGAGAUAAAAAGACACCAAGUUCAUUGAUACUUGAUCAAAACUACAUAAAUACCAAAAACCAAGUCAUCAAAGCAGAACGGCGGGUCCUGAAGGAGCUGGGCUUCUGUGUGCACGUCAAGCAUCCGCACAAGAUUAUCGUCAUGUACCUCCAAGUCCUGGAAUGUGAAAAGAACCAGAUGCUGGUCCAGACUGCCUGGAACUACAUGAAUGACUGCCUGAGGACAAACGUGUUUGUACGGUUCCAAGCUGAAACGAUCGCAUGUGCCUGCAUAUUCCUGGCUGCCAGAGCUCUGCAGAUACCUCUGCCAUCCAGACCUCAUUGGUUCUUGCUGUUUGGAGCCACUGACGAGGAGAUUAAAGACAUCUGCAUCACCACCCUGAGACUGUACACCAGGAAGAAGCCAAACUAUGAUCAGCUGGAGAAGGAGGUGGAGCGGAGGAAGGUGUUCCUGGCAGAGGCUAAGCUGAAAGCUAAAGGUCUGAACCCUGAUGGCACCCCUGCACUGUCCACACUGGGCGGCUUCUCUCCUGCUUCCAAACCCUCCUCCCCAAAUGUGGUCAAGGUAGAAGAGAAGUCUCCAAACCCCCAGACCCUUAAACAAGUGAAGAAGGAGCCAGACAGCCGGACCCAGAUUAGCAAGAGUCCACACAAUGGGUUGAGGAAAGAGGUGAAGCUCGGGAGGAACAGCAGAAGUGGAAGUCGAUCUCGAUCGAGAACGCGCUCCCGGUCGAGAUCCCGUUCUCCUCGCAGACAUUACAACAGCAGACGCAGUUGCUCAGGGACCUACAGCUCUCGCUCACGUUCACGCUCUCACAGUCGCAGUCCCUCACCACGGCGCCAUCAGCCAUCCCCCCUCCUCCCCCACCUAAAGUCCAAGACAAGCCACCAUAGCAACAGCGACUCCAAAUCCAGCGGACGUCACGGCAACAGCGGAGGUGGCGGAUCCGGCCACAAGAGGAAGCGCUCGCGUUCUAGGUCACGGUCCCGCACGCCAGUCAAAGUGGACAGGGAUCGUGACCGUGAGCGGGACCGGGAGAGAGACAGAGACCGCUCCUUUGACCUCUCGUCAAAGAAACACAAACACGAACGAGGAGGCGGUCACAGAGGAGACAGGAGGGACAGGGAGAGGUCUCGGUCUUACGACAGGGACAGAGACAGGGAGCGUAGCCACAAGAGCAAACACCACAGCAGUAGUGGGCACUCAGGACAUAGCCGCCAUCGGCGCUGAGACACUCACACCCACCCACAGACGGACUGGCUCUGGGACUGAUCACUGCCGUAUUAUCUGUUUAUUCUGAACAAAACCAAACCUUGUGUGCUACUUAGAGUCCAACCAUUCUCCUCCUACCAGCUGGAGCCGCGUUAGCAAACACAUCGUCAUGUUCUGUAAGGUUGAGUCAGUAGUUCUACUCUGCAGCCUGUCAGGUGACGUAGCUGACGUGUCAGUAUGGUUGGAAUAAUGUCAAUAUGAUGAUCACACAUUAGAGCUGUCAAAUCCAAGCACCUCACUCCAGCGACAGUAGAGAACACACAAGGUUUGAUUUAGUUUGAAGUUUACUGAGCCAAAAAACCACCAUAGCUGGUCUCUCAUAUGCAGACAGAAACACCUGCUUAUCAAUAAUUGAACAGGAUUUUAGGAUACUUUGACUUUUAUGUCCUCUUGGAUGACUGUAGCCAUGACAUGGAAACACUGUUGAAAUGGCCUGAAUCCUUUAGACUGUUCUACACGUGCAGAUUUCUGUGAUUUAAGUCACUUCCUUGACUUUUAUCAAGUACUUUGAGCUGAUAUUUGGCCAAAGUGCUUGUUGCUGUAUUUUGUAGAUUACAUGUGAAUCUGAGGAACCGAAGUGGACUGUCAAAUUCUUUUUUCAUACUCAGCAGUCAGUCAAGAUCAGCGUUGAUUAAAGGCUCUAAUAUGGCGUGACAUCAGUCCCAGGCCUGUCGGUCGUCUCCUCCACUUUAGGUUUUACUUAUUUUUCCAUGAUACACUCGACUCCACACAUGAACAUCUCUCUAGCCUGCCCGUGUUCUAGGUUUUUUCAUUGAAAGUUACAGACUUUGGGAAAAAGAAACUUAUUUACAGUGUAAAGACGGAUCGAUAAUCUGCUGACAAAUGUGAAUGCUUUGAUUUUUAAAAGCAAACUGCUCAGUAGAAGGAUUGAACAGAUAAAUGUUAAUCUAUCAUUCAGGAAAGAUCAAUGUUUGCACAUGAAGGGACGGAUAGGCGGGUGGGUUUUGUUUUCUUCUUUUAUUUUUGGACAGAUGCUUAAGCUGUAUUUUGUACAGUUUCAGAAAACAAGCUGGCUAUAAAUGUAUGUUUUUUCUUUUUUUAAUUUACAGCAGGAGAUGCAGACAUGACUUCAAACAUUUUAGGGUCUCCAAUUUGUUACACUGGUUUUUGGUCUGCACGUGUUCAUGUCCAAUUUUUAUUCAACAAUAAAUGAGUUAUGCCACUGAA